AAUGCAAAUGCGAUAAAUUUUUUUCUAUUUUCUAUAUCUCUAUUGUAUAGUUAAUUAACUUAUACGUUAUUUUACUACUUCAGAUUGGAUUAUUUGAAAUAGAAAAAUAUUACAUUCACGUUGUUUAAAUUUAUAAGCUAAAAUAUAAACAUUUUAUGUUACGACUACAUAACACAAUUCUUACGAUAAUAUUUGAUUUGUUUCACCGUGCAUUAUACUUAAUUUCUCUUCUUUUUUCUCUCUUCUAAUAUUCAGUAUUAAUUCUUGUUCUUAACAUGUUCUUUACUGCACGCAGACCUGUAAUCCUUGAUUUGUUUUACGGAUUUUUUAACAAACUGGACCAAUAAAAACAGGGUAUAUGUGUAUGUACCUUAAGUGUCGAUACGUGCGCGGGUCAUAUCACAUUUGUUUUAGGUAUCAUGGAAUAAACGCGUUGUGUUUCGAUUUUAGUCUGCGUCAAAGUCUUUAUGUUGUCUACACAGUGAUUCGAAUCUGCAAUUUCUGAAUUUUAAGUCAAUUUCUUAAAUAAUUCUUGUUCUAAAAUGAUAGUUCUACAAUCCUUACAGUUUAAAAUGGCAUCAAACAAUAAAGAAAUGAAGCAAAAGCAAGUAUGUUUGAGGUUGGCACAGAAAUUAGAGCUAAUCAAGAAAUUGGAACAAGGCAUCUCAGUCACGGAUGUUUGUGAAAUUUAUGGCAUUCACAGAAGGACUGUCUCGAAUAUCAGGAAAUCAAGCCCAUAUUACAAAACACCAUUAAUACCCAUACGGAAGAGCUACUGCCAAAGCAACGGCGUAGCAGCGCUGGUUAGAGCGUUGUCUGUCGUGUACGAGGUGACGGGUUCGAGUCCCGAUGGGCGCUUUUUUUUACAUUUAAAUUUUAUAUUUUUAAAUUGAUAUGUACAAUUUUUAAACAUUUUGUAAAGAAGUUUUCAUUUUAAUUAUAUUCGUCUCGUCUGCGUUUAAUUUAAUGCGUGUAUGUGUUAAUAGAUAUACAUAUACAUACAAUGAAUACACACAU